AUGCCUGUUGCGGAUGAACGGCUUCCUUAUGGAGACGGCGCCUUCAAGAUUUUCGGCAUGGAAAAUUUUGGCAAUACAUGUUACUGCAAUUCGAUUCUACAAUGCUUGUACUACACCGAGUCAUUUCGAACCAAUUUGAUCAAGCAUAAACAAACCCAACACGAACCCAAGUUGGUAGUCAAUGGAAUAAAAUUUCACGCAUUUUCAACAAAGUAUGAUCAAUUGUUACAAAAGAAAUUGAAGGAACAGGGUGCUGUACUGUCCACCCCAACUGAAGAAAGGCCUAAACAAAGUCGCAAAGGCUCUAUUUUUGGAAUCAAGUUCAAUAAUCAGCAGUCGAGUACCCCAACAACUUUCGUUGAACAACGAAACGACUACAUUGACGAGGCGGGCAAUUGUGAAGUUCUACCAUUGGAACAGCGAAUCUUGAUCAACAAAUGUCCGGAAUUUCUGAGGUUGGAGAUGAUGAUUACUAGGCCGGCUCUAAGCACUAGUGGCUAUGUCAAUGGACUGACUAAUGGAAGUGCCACAUCCACCGCUUCCAAUACAGGAGGAGUCAACGUGAACAAUGCAUCGAGCAACAGUUCUGUCACAAGCGCUACUAACCCCAAUAAAGCUGACUAUUCGCAAAGUUCAUCGAUGUUGUUGAACGACCAGCCAACACAAACAGCACAAGAAGGGUCAAUAAAUUGCAAAUCAAGUGCAAUCAUAGUGGGGAUACCCAAACCAGAAGCAAUCUUGGCCAAUCCAAUCAACCCAUUCAACGCAAAUCCCAGCGCAGACCAGAGGAAAAGAUCUGCAUUGAUCAAUGGUCCGAUAAUCAACUUGGACACCUCGUUGCAAAUGCCAAGUGAACAAAGGGCGGAAACCGCCUUGUUAUAUGCUCUCAAGGAUUUGUUUGAGAGUAUGGUUGAGAACAAGUCACCAAUUGGUGUUGUAUCGCCAACAUACUUUAUUUCAAAGCUCAAAGAUAAGAACUACUUGUUUCGCCAAAACAAUAUGCACCAUGACGCACAUGAGUUUUUCAACUAUUUGAUUAAUGAAAUCAUUGAGAGUUUAGCAAAGGAGAACUCCGACCCUACACAAAACUGGUGCAAUGAUAUAUUCCAAGGUAUCAUUACCAACGAAACUAAGUGCUUAUCAUGUGAAACAGUGACAUCGAAGCAUGAGUUCUUCCUUGACUUGUCCAUUGAUAUUCCACCGGGCGAAAGUGCGUAUUCGUUGAAUUUUGCCAUCAAUAACUUCUCCAAACUGGAAACAUUGACAAACCAAAACAAGUUUCAUUGCAACACUUGCUCGUCAUUGCAGGAAGCAGUGAAAACUAUCAAAUUGAAGAAACUACCUCAGGUUUUAGUCAUCAACCUAAAACGAUUCAAGUACGACGAGGAAAUGGAUAAAAUGGUGAAGCUUUUUGACUCAAUUAGCUAUCCUUUCAAACUACGAUUAUUCAACACUACAGAGGACGCCAACCAAAACAUUCUCUACGACUUGUACGGUUUGGUGAUUCAUAUUGGUGGUGGUCCAAUGCACGGACAUUAUGUUUCAAUCUGUAAAAUCAAAGCUGGUCUUUGGUUGUUAUUCGACGAUGAAACGGUGGAACUUGUUGAAGACAACUUUGUGAUGAGAUUUUUCGGUAAUGGGCCAGGCUUGGCUAGUGCGUACAUUCUAUUCUAUCAAAGAAUAGAAUUUGAUGAAGCAUCAGAACACUUUGGAUUUGAUGUCUCAACUUUGUACCACGGUGAUGAUUAUCAAGUCCCUGUACAUACUCCAGCCAAUAGCACUGAUGAAGAGCCAAAGGAAGCAGCCGUACCCAUGACCGCAGCGGAUUCCAAGUGCGAUACAAAUUCAAUCAACUCGUUUAUGGCACCACCCGAAACCAACACGCGACCAACAUUAUCCUCAGGUGGUAUGUUUAAAAGUUUCAAGUUGGAUAAAGAAGACAAGCAGCAACAGCAACAGCAACAGCAACAGCAACAGCAGCAGCAACAGCAACAGCAGCAGAAACAAAUACAAUCUCUAUCGCGAAGCAGCAGCUCUAAUCUCGUUGGAAAGAAGGAAACACCAAUCAAAGAAACGAAAGAAAAGAAGUCUUGGGUUGGCAGUUUAAAGAGAGGAAAUCUCGAACGGAAGUUGUCACUGAAAAACACAGCGGUAAGUGAAGAGAGUAGUGCCAACAGCACUGCUCCAGCUACAUCAAACCCCGCUACAACGCUGGCACCUCCUCCUGUUCUAGAGAGGAAGCGAACCUUGUUUGGUUUCAAAAAGAGGAGCUCAUAG